AUGUGCUGACUGGGAUCACCGGGGCCCCAUGUGGGCUAGGAGAUGAUCACCUGACGAGGAAGAUCCCCUGCUAACCUUCAGAACUAUCUGCUGAGGGCAAAAGGAUUGUUUGCAUUCAGCCCUCUGCCUUCUCUUCAGGGCUCUCAUCCCACUAGUACACACGGGGGAUUAUUAUUACUGCUAACCUGCACUUUAUAUUUCAGUUUUUUUUUUCCCCCUUCUUGGAUUACAACAGAGGUCAAAACUGGAUCCCGCAACAGCGUUUGUUUGAUUUUUGUCAGGUUUUGUCUGUUAAUAUUGGGAGGUAGCACAGUGACAGCAGGCUAAGGCCAAAGCCAGAGCUCUGUUCUUGCCUUGAAGAGGGAGAGGCUGCCAUCAUUUGAGUGAAGAGGACACAGAGGGAAGGAUGGGAGUACAAAAGGAGGAUGUGGAACAGUUCCUCAAAGGGAACCCGGCUUUUGCUAAGGAGUAUUUUGCCAAGAAGAUGAACCAAAGCACCAUAUCUGAGGUGUCAGGACUACUGGAAAAACAGGUGGACUUCAGCCAAUUUCAGGAACUCAGCCAGGUAGAGGAGAGUCGAAUCAUGUACGACUUGAUCACAGACAUGCAGGAGAACAUCAACAUGGAAAAAGUGGUCUUUAAGAUCCUCAAGAGAAUCAGCGCGUUGAUCCACGCCGACCGCUGCAGCUUGUUCAUGUACCGUCAGAGGAACGGCAUAGGCGAAUUGGCCACCAGACUCUUCAACGUCAACACCCAGUCCGAGCUGGACGAGUGCAUCGUGCCGCCCGAUUCCGAGAUCGUCUACCCACUGGACUUGGGGAUAGUCGGUCACGUAGCCCAGACCAAGAAGACGGUGAAUGUGAAGGAUGUCAAAGAGAACCAGCACUUCAGCUCAUUCGGAGACGAGCUCACGGAUUAUGAGACCAGGAACGUUCUGGCCACGCCCAUUCUCAACGGCAAAGACAUGGUGGCCGUGAUCAUGGCCCUCAACAAGACCACCGGGCCGCAUUUCACGAAUGAGGAUGAAGAUCUCUUUUUAAAGUAUCUGAAAAUUGCCACUUUGAACUUGAAGAUCUACCACCUGAGUUACCUCCACAACUGUGAGACACGGAAAGGACAGCUGCUGCUGUGGUCAGCCAACAAAGUGUUUGAAGAGCUGACUGACAUCGAGCGACAGUUCCACAAGGCCUUGUACACCGUGCGAGCCUACCUCAACUGUGACCGAUAUUCUGUCGGCUUACUUGACAUGACCAAGGAGAAGGAGUUCUUUGACGUGUGGCCGGUGUUAAUGGGAGAGCAGCCACCUUACUCUGGGCCUGUAACUCCUGAUGGAAGGGAAGUACAUUUCUACAAAGUAAUUGAUUAUAUAUUACAUGGGAAGGAAGACAUCAAAGUAAUACCUAAUCCACCAGCAGAUCAUUGGGCCUUGAGUAGUGGCCUGCCUACUUACGUUGCUGAAAGUGGCUUUAUUUGCAAUAUCAUGAAUGCAGGGGCGGAUGAGACAUUUCAGUUCCAAACUGAGGCACUGGACAGCAGUGGAUGGACCAUAAAGAAUGUUCUCUCCCUCCCAAUCGUAAACAAAAAGGAAGAGAUAGUCGGCGUGGCCACCUUUUACAACAGAAAAGAUGGAAAGCCAUUUGACGAUCAAGAUGAGCAGCUCAUGGAGGCUUUGACCCAGUUCUUGGGCUGGUCGGCUUUGAACACGGACACAUACGACAAGAUAAACAAGCUCGAGAACCGCAAAGGCAUCGCCCAGGACAUGGUGCUCUACCAUGUUAAAUGUCGGAACGAUGAAAUUCAAAAUAUCCUGAACACAACAGAGGUCUAUGACUGCGAACCAUGGGAGUGUGAAGAAGACGAGCUUCUUGAUAUCUUGAAAAAAGACCUUCCUCCUCUGAUAAAGAAAUUUGAGAUCUACGAGUUCCGUUUUUCGGAUUUCAAAUGUACAGAGCUGGAACUGGUCAAGUGCGGAAUACAGAUGUACUAUGAAGUCGGUGUAGUCAAGAAGUUCCAAAUCCCACAGGAGGUGCUGGUUCGUUUCAUGUACUCUGUCAGUAAAGGCUACAGGAGAAUCACUUACCACAACUGGCGCCACGGCUUCAACGUGGGACAGACCAUGUUCACUCUCUUGACGACGGGAAUGCUAAAGAGGUACUAUACCGACUUAGAGGUCAUGGCCAUGAUUACAGCAGGCUUCCUUCAUGACAUUGACCACAGAGGAACCAACAACUUGUACCAGGUCAAGUCAGGCAACCCACUAGCCAAGCUGCAUGGAUCUUCCAUCUUGGAACGACACCAUCUAGAGUUUGGAAAAUUUCUCCUGUCUGAUGAGUCACUGAACAUCUACCAGAACCUCAACCGGCGACAGGUGGACCACGUCAUUCACCUCACAGACAUAGCCAUCAUCGCCACUGAUCUCGCUCUUUAUUUCAAAAAGAGGACCAUGUUCCAGAAGAUUGUGGACCUUUCGCACACGUAUGAGGACGAAAAGAAGUGGGUUGAUUUCAUGUCUCUAGAAACAACCAGGAAAGAGAUAGUCAUGGCCAUGAUGAUGACUGCUUGCGACUUGUCCGCCAUUACCAAGCCUUGGGAGGUGCAAAGCAAGGUUGCCUUGUCUGUGGCGGCAGAGUUUUGGGAGCAAGGUGACCUGGAAAGGACAGUACUGGAACAACAACCUAUUCCCAUGAUGGACAGAAACAAAGCAGCAGAGCUCCCCAAGCUCCAAUGCGGUUUCAUCGACUUUGUCUGCACAUUUGUCUACAAGGAGUUCUCCCGCUUCCACCCACAAAUCCAACCCAUGCUCGACGGAAUCCUCAACAACAGGAAGGAGUGGAACGCCAAAAAAGAAGAGUACGAGGCGACGCUCAAAGUCAUCGAGGACCAGAAGGCUGCUCAACAGGCGGCCGCAGCCACUAAAGCUGAUAAUGCCAGCGGUGGAGGCUCCAAGACCUGCUCGGUAUGCUGAAAGAUGAUCGCUGUAGUCACUGCCAAGGAGGAAAAAAAAAAAAGAUAAAGGGAGCUGGACAUGUGUGUGCAAUCUUGGUCUCCUAAUAUUUCUGCGGCAAGAUUGGUGCUUAUGAGGAAGAAGCAGAGAGAGAAUCGGAAGCAAGAGAAGUAUCUUGUAGUCUUAACGGAAUAUUUACAUAUUUGGACGGUGUAAGUGUAUUUGUAUAUACGGUAUGUGUGUAUGUUUCCCAAUUGUACAGAUGACUUUUGGUUGGCCAGUCAAAACUAGCAUAAAAGUGAACUUGUAAAUACACCAUCGUUGUGAAAAGCACAGAUUACUGUUUUUUUAUUUACACAAAAAAAAGUCAAUUUUGAGGACAUCAAUACAUCCGUUCAUUUACUUACCCUCAUUAGGGUCAGCUGGAGCGUAUGCCAGGUGACUUCGGGCAAGAGCUGGGGUACGCCCUGAACUGGUCGCCAGCCAAUUACAAGGAACAUCUUUAGGCUAAGAAUGACCAAAAUACUUUGUCUUUGGUUGAAAAACAAAUGUUUACUCCUUCCUGUCACAGAAGUUUGUUUACCUCAGUUGAGAGAGAGAGCAAAAAGUAGCGUUCAGCACAGUUGCUUUUCACAAAUCUGAUGCAAUAGUGAUAUACAGGUGCAUCUCAAUUAAUUAGAAUAUUGUGGAAUUAAAUUUGUUUCAAUUUAAAAAGUGAAAUUCAUAUCGUGUAGAUUCACUGAACACCAAAAGAAAAAACAUUUGAUAUUUUAGAAUUUUGAGGAUUAUACUUUAUAGCAAAUGCAAACCCCCAAUUUACCAUCAAGAAACUACAUUAUACAAAAAAAAUUAUCAAAAUGAUCUUUAAUAUAAAAAAUUGGUAGGGAUUGGCCUUCUGAAUCUGCUUUACUUCUUUAAAUAUAUGAACAUUUCUAUUCUGACUUCUUAAGAUCCGCCUAUACGAUAUGAGCCAACAAAUUGCUAGCUGCUCAGUCAUGAUGCCUUUAUACUGUAUACAUUGUAUGAGUCAGAGUAGAUGAGGGUACAUUUAAGUAUAAUUACUAAAAUAAGAUGAGAUACGGUCUCUUAAAAUGUUUUUUGUAUGCGAAUAGCUGUUUUAGCGUUGAGUCAAACUUUUGCAAGAAAGUGUUAAAGAUUUCACAAUAAUAAACUGUACUUUUAUGUGAAAGUCAUGAGGGAAAAAAGCCCUAAUUUGCUUAUUUAGUCUCAUUUUUUUUACAAUAGUUGCAAUCUCAUUACAAAAAAUAGCCUGUUUUGCAAAAAUAAAGUUGCAAUGUCAUAAGAAUAAAGCCAUAAUUUUCAGAAUUUUACAAUAUAUUUUUUUUGAAUGGUCGUAAUUUAAACUGUUUAACACCGUUGAGAAAAUCAUGUUACAUAAUUUUUCUUCAUUUUUUAAAAAUAGAACUUAUUCUAUCAUUCUUUAUCUCAAAUUUCAUUUUUUUUGCUAGUAAAACAAUCCUAUUCUCAUUGACUAUUCCCAUAACAUUAAAAUUUAGUGUGACUUGAAUACUCUUUUUUUGGCGCUCCCUUAAAAUGGCGACUGGUGAGUGAAGCUGCUUGUGACGGCAGAUAUUCAAUGAAGUUAUUCAGAGAAAACUAAUUCAUAGCAAAUAAAUGUACCAUAAGGUGAUGACAAUUUUUUUCUAGACUACUCUCAAAGCUUUGCUUCUGUACAUGCUCCAUGUCGAACACAAACAAUGAUCCAAAUAAAGCAAAUAUAUUUUG